UAACAACUCACUUGCCACCUGUCCUCUGCAAGUCUCCUGUUUCUCUUUCUUACACAAACAAACAACGUAGUAUAAACACGCGGUAAUAAAAAUGGGGUCAAUGUUCAGUUCAAGCAGCAGCAGCAAAGAAGAGAUAAACAUGGCUCUCGCUAAAGCCAAAGACAUCGUCUCCUCCACUCCCGUCGUCGUCUUCAGCAAAACCUGGUGUGGAUUUUGUAAGAGUGUCGAGCAAUUGCUUUCCCAGCUAGGCGCAAGUUACAAAGUCAUUGAAUUGGAUGAGGAAAGUGACGGGGACGACAUUCAAGCAGCUCUUGCACAGUGGACUGGGCAGAGGACUGUCCCAAAUGUGUUCAUAGGUGGAAAGCACGUUGGUGGCUGUGAUGAUGUUACAAAGAAACACCGAGAAGGCAAGCUAGUUCCCCUGCUAACUGAAGCAGGUGCAAUUGCCAACAACUCUGCCCUUCUUUAAAAUUAUAUACAGUAGACUGCGCAGAUGAAUAAAAUUUGAUAAUGUCGAUGUACCAGAUGAUAUGUAAUGCUCUGUAACGUUGUAAUAUGAGUGAUUUGGUUGCUCUA